AUGGAUUAUUUAACAAUUUUAUAUUUUUUUAUUGUUGCAAUCAUCGGUUUAUUACUCAGCUUUUAUGUAAAUAAAAAUUUAUUCAACACCAAUAACAAUAAUAACAACAACGAUGGUUUCUCCAGCAACAAUAACAAUAACAAUAACAACAACUGCCAACAUCAAAAUUCACCAAUCCACAAUACUGCCCCAAUAGAUAGACAAGAAAGUCUACAACAACAACAACAACAACAACAACAACAACAACAACAACAACAACAACAACAACAACAACAACAACAACAAAAUCAAUUUUCAAAUCCACAACCACAACUACCACAACAACAAUCGCCAUCACAGCCACAAUCACAAUCAAAAAGCACUGUAUCAACCCCUGGUAUUAGAAAACUAUUUAAAGAUCUUGAUGAAUAUGAAAGACAACAACAAGAACAAGAAGAGCCAGAACAAUCUCAACAAUCUCAACAAAGUUCUCAAAUCCAACAACAAUUUCCAUCAAAGGGAACAAGCCAGCCAUUACACAUCUUUUUGAUAGAAAUUCAAUCUCGUUAUACUGCCCAGUGCGUUAUGUUCAACCAACCAAUCAAACCACAAACAACGCCCACAACCAUCACACUCAUCAUCAAAGUGCUCAGAACUCCCCCAACAUUAAAUAGAGCACAUUCUCGUACCGCUGUUGAUGCUCCACCAACCACUGAACCACAACAACACCCACACCCAACUCAUUCAUGGCCAAGUGCUCAGAAUUACCCAUCAUUAAAUAGAGCACAUUCUCGUUAUACUGCCGCUGCCAAUGCUACACCAACCACUCAACCACAACAACGCCCUCAACCAACACAUUCAUCAUCAAGUGCUCAAAGUUACCCAACAUUUAAUAGAGCACAUUCUCGUACCGAUGUUGAUGUUCCACAAACCACUCAGCCAGAACAACACCCAAAACCAACUCACUCAUCAUCAAGUGCUCAGAGCUACCCAACAUUCAAUAGAGCACAUUCUCGUACUGCUGCUAAUGUUUCAACAAACACUCAACCACAACAAAACCCACAACCAACCGAUUCAUCUUCAAGUGCUCAGAACUAUCCAUCAUUUAAUAGAGCACAUUCUCGUAACGCUGUUGAUACAAAUCCACCAAAUCCAUCACCAACUUUUAAUUCAACAGGUGUCCCAACAUCAGCAAGAAACACUCCAAUGAAGAAGAGAUCAUUAGAGUCUGAUGAUGAAGAAGAUUUAAGAAAUAACAUGGGAACUAAAAAAAGACAUAGAUACGAAGAUGAAGAAGAAUUAAAAAGGGUUCAAAAAGAAAAGGAACGUUUAGAGUUGGAAAGAUUGGAAAGGGAAAAGGAAGAGAUGGAAAGAAUAGAAAAAGAGCGUGAAGAAAAAGAACGUGAAGAAAAAGAAAGAUUAGAAAAAAUAGAAGAAGAGGAACGUAUAAAAAAAGAACAAUUAGAAAAGGAAAGAAUGGAAAAGGAACAAGAACAAGAACAAGAACAAGAGGAACAGGAAGAACAAAAAGAAGAAGACAAUAAAUGCUACAUUUGCAUGGAAGAUAUGGAGACCGAUAGCAUCGCCACCAUUGACUGCAACCACAAAUUCUGUUUUGAUUGCAUGGAUACAUGGCAUAAAAUUAAAAAUACUUGCCCAUUAUGUAGAGCAAGAUUCUAUACCAUUAAAAGAGCCGGUCAUGAUCCAAUCAUAGUAGGCGAUGUUGAGAAUAGAGCCCAUGAACAAGAAUUAGAUUACAAUUUCCUUGAUGAUCCCGAUAAUUUAGAAAAUGAAAAUGAUAAUGAUAAUGGUUCCGAUGAUGAAUUCAGUGGUGACAUGGACCAAGUUUAUCACCAUUUAUUGCGUCGUCGUUUUGUUCAUAACAUUUACGAACCAAUAUUUGAUGAUUAUAUAAAUAUGAAUUAA